UCGAUGUUUCCAUACAGAGCAUAGGAAGCAACCUGUGUUUUUCUCUGUACAUUAAUGAAUCUUCAGUGGGCUGUGAGCUUUAUCAGGAAAUGUUUCCUCAUUUUUUCACUUACUGUGGACUAAAACCUUUAGCCUUAUAAUUCAUGGAUGAGGGAAAAUGCUCUCAGUAUUAUUACAAUGUGUUCAGCCAGUAGGUUGGUUGUUUUUUGGGUGAAAAGCUUUAACUACAAUUAUCGUUCUUUAUGUCUGACUGUUGAGAAUGUGAAACGGCAUGAUUAACUCUUCACAGGUUUUUUUCUUUUCUUUUACUGCUUAUAUCAACUCCUGGGGUUUGACCUAUUUGUAUUUCACUGUCAUCUUGAUUUUGUAUGCCUUCAUAGUCUUCUCUAACGUCCUGCUCAUCGUUGUGAUCUGCAUGAACAGGAGCUUACAAGAACCCAUGUACAUGUUUCUCUGCAGCCUGUUUGUCAAUGAACUGUAUGGCAGCUCAGGCUUGUUUCCCUUCUUGCUGGUUCAGAUCCUCUCAGAUCUCCACAUUAUUUCUGCUCCGCUCUGCUUACUUCAGGGUUUUAUGGUCCAUUCUUAUGGGGCGGUUGAGUUUUUAAACUUAGCAGUUGUCUCAUAUGACCGUUACCUCGCUAUCUGUUACCCUCUGCAGUACAACAACAAAAUGACACCCAAAAAGAUUGCCGUACUGAUUGCUGUGGCCUGGAUGUAUCCACUUGUUGCCAUGUCCUUCAUGAUGACUCUGAUACCGGUGAAGCUGUGUGGGAACCAGAUAAACAAAGUGUACUGUGAUAUUCAUUCUGUGGUUAAACUGGCCUGUACGGAAAGUGCCAUCACGAACAUUUUUGGACUCACUGCUACAUUCAGUACUAUAUUGGUCUCUUUGCUUCUGAUUCUCUACACCUACAUCAAGAUCCUUGUUGUGUGUUUCUCUGGAUCCAAACAAACCCGUCAGAAAGCCUUGAACACCUGCACGCCUCACCUGGCCUCCAUUUUGAACUUUUCCUUCGCUGGUAGCUUUGAGAUCUCUCAGAGCAGAUUCAACAUGAGCUUCCUGCCAAACGUUCUGCGUAUUUUCCUCUCGCUUUACUUCCUAACUGCACAGCCUCUUUUUAACCCGCUGAUGUAUGGCCUGAAGAUGUCUAAAAUAAGAAAUGCUUGUAAAACUCUACUUCUGAAUGUAAACCAGUGACACAAAUGUAUUGUAUUUACACAAUAUUAACCUAUAGUAGCAAAGAAAAGGAAUCUUUGUAGACCCAGACCAGACAAAUAACCAAAUAUUUUAUGACUGUUUAAGAAGCAAUUGUUUCAAAAGGUUCAAAAUAGUAUAUGAAAACCAUAUUUUUACAAAGUGUGUCUCAGCUAAAGGUUAUUUGGACCAAAACACUCAGAGGAAUGUAUGUUAGAGAUACUGAAG